AGCAGCAAUCCAUAAUCCAGGAUAGCCUGCAAUCUGAAGGGAUUACGAAAAUAUUUUCUCAGUUGAAAGCUAUGUGGGUUGGCUGAGGAUGUUCUUGCACAUGGAGAACACUAUUCUCAUACAAAAGCCGAUUGGCAUUGUCCCAGACAAAAUCCAUACAAAAGCAUCGGCUCAGGCGAAGUCCCUACCUCUACGCUUCUGAGUUUAAGGGAAAUGGCAUUUGGUGGAACUCUGUGGAUGCUGAUUUUAUAUAUAUUUUCAUUCAUUCAUUCCUUGCUGUUUGCAUGGGGAGUCUAUUAUCAUUUUAAAAGGACCCAUAUUCCUCCAGGAAUCAGCCAGGGCACAAAAUUACGAGUUUUCAGUUUUGCGAUGGAAUAUUCACUUGGACUGGGAGUGUUUCUGGAAAAACUGGGCAUUUGCCAUAGAUACGCCAUCUGGAGGGCUGCGUUCAAUGCCAUACUAACAAGGAAGGACUCAAAGUUGAUCAUAAAGGACCUGAUUUUUGAUGGGGUGCCUGUGAGGGUGUACUGGCCCAAGACAUCACCUGCUGGGAACAGUAGAGCAAUCAUAUAUCUUCAUGGAGGCGCUGGACUCACUGGAAGCAUCCGAGCCUCUGAAAAGAUCUGCCGUUUCAUGGUCAACCAAAGUGAUUCAGUGGUUGUGAGUGUCGGAUUUCGUUUAGCUCCUGAGCAUCCCUAUCCAGUCCCUGUACUGGACUGUUUAACUGCUGCAAUACACUUUCUGAAGAAUGCCAAGGAAUAUGGAGUGGACCCCAACUGCAUUGCCAUUGUUGGGGACAGUAGUGGAGGCACAUUUGCAACAGCUAUUUGUCAAGAACUGGUGACCAGAGAGGACCUCCCAAGAUUGCGAGCUCAGGUCCUGAUCUACCCAUUCCUACAAACAGGGGACUUUGAUUUGCCAUCCUAUCAGCAAAACCAAUCAGUUCCUCCCUUGUUCAGAAAACGGGCUCUCGAACUUGGUUUGAUACAUCUCACUGGAAAGCCAAUCAAUGUCGACCCACUUAUAAAAGGUGCCCAUGUCCCCCCUGAUUCGAGGGAGAAGUACCAAAAAUGGAUCAGUGCUGAUAACAUUCCAGAAGAAUUUAAGGCUAGGGGCUAUGUCCCUAAAGCUCCUGCCCCAUUUUCAAAAGAACUUUAUGAACAAGUUAAAAGAGCUGGUGAGACGAUGUUUGCCCCCCUUCUAGCAGAGGAUGACAUUAUCCGCCAGCUCCCUGAGACUUUUAUUCUAACCUGUGAAUAUGAUGUUCUCCGGGAUGAUGGGUUGUUGUACAAGAAGCGGUUAGAGGACAACGGUGUGCCAGUGACACAUCAUCAUCUUCCAGAUGCAUGCCAUGCAACAAUGAGCUUUUUUGAUUUAUGGCCACUUGAAUUUCCGAGCUCAAGGAAAUGUAUGCAGCUUGUGGUACAAUUCUUAAAAGGUUUAUAUAAAUGAAUGACCUUCUUUGUCCUCCAUUGGCAGCCUUCCCCUGUUGUGGGUGAACAUUCCCCCUUCCCUGUUGUCCCAAUCCUAAAGUAAGACGAGAAACUCAUAGCCACAAUUCUACCCAGUCUGAUUGAUUAAAAUCACCAUGACAUUUGUAAGUUCAUAAGCAAAUCGCUGCUGGAUCAGGCCAUUGGUCCACCUCAUCCAGCAUCCUUUUCUCAGAGUGACCAAGCAGAGGCCUCUUGCGAUGCCUGCAAGCAGUACUUGAGUGCAAGAAAUCUUUUGCAUUAUUCAGCAGCAUACAGCUUGCAAUAGUGGAGAAAGUGCAUAGCUAUAGCCUCCUCCAUGAAUUGGGCCUAAUCCUCUUAAAGCCAUCCUACUGGGUCACCAGGUUAGCUUAUUCCAUUAACUGUUGUUCCGUAAUAUUUGAAGAUAUUUAGCAAUAAGGAAGGCGCUCCUGUGAAUUAAGCUAAACUAAGCUAAACCCUUGGUGUGAUAUAAACACAUUUAAUUACACCAUUAGACAGGAUGAUAGCAAAACACUCAUUUCGUAACACUCAUUUCGCAUUUGUAAGAAAUCAAACUUUUAGUUUGGCAGGACACAAUGUCCAUAUAUGUUUUAAGCUCGUUGUUGAUU